AGCGUUUCCAAUAAAAUACCAAUUGUAAACCUUCAUUGCGAAACGGUAAAAGUCACUGCUUAUGAGGAUAUAUCCAGAGGUGGAACUGACAACUCAGCUAAAAAGCGUUCGUUGUCAUCAUCUUCGUCAAUCAGUAAAAAUGUUAUUAGUAAAAUAAGUAAAAAACAGAUUUCAAAUGAACCCGAUGUUAUAUUAUUGGAUGAUUCUAGCGGUGGAAACCGAACUCCUGAAUUGAAGCGAAAAACAACGCGUAUAUCACACAGAUCAAAAGAUGAGCGCCUACCAUCACCGCACAGAAAGUCAUCGGCAGAGCAUUACCACCACCAUCAUCGUCAUUCAGCACCGGAAGCGCAACAUACACGUAGACACAGUUCCCGAGAUCAGCACACAAAUCUUUCCAAGCGUAGUACUAGCCGUAGUCGAUCGCAACGACGAGAUUCAGAGGCCAACAGCCUUCGAAGUCGCGACGGUAGUCACAAUCGAGGUAGGCAGCGACGAGGAUUGCAUGAUCAAAACCGUCAAAAAGAAGAUCUUCGUUUGGAAAUAAAUCGAGAUAAGGAACGCGAGAGAGAAAAUAGUCGCGAUCGUGAUCGACGUUCGCGAGAGGACCGAUUGAGGGCGCAAGAUCGUAGUAGGGUUGGCUCUUUUGGUAACUCUCGCGGAAGAGAACGGGAACGUGAUCGUGACCGUGAUCGAGACCGCCGGAUGCGUUCACAUAGCCGAAGUAAAGUAGAAUCGGAUCGGCGUCGGAUAGAGCGAGAACGUCAGCGCACUGGAAAAAACGAAAGAGAUGGAUGGCGAGGAGAAGAGCGUGGGCGCGAUCGUGAAAAGGACCGCUACCGGGGCUCAUUAAGCGAAGGGCAAAAAGCUGAAAUAAGAGAAUCGAGCAGCGAAGAUGAUGGUCAUUUGGAUAUUGACAUCAACGAAGACGAAGACGAAGAAGAAAAAAUAAUUGAAAUGCGUCGAAAGCAACGUGAANAGAGCGAGAACGUCAGCGCACUGGAAAAAACGAAAGAGAUGGAUGGCGAGAAGAGCGUGGGCGCGAUCGUGAAAAGGAUCGCUACCGGGGCUCAUUAA